AUUUACACAGAUCUCGUCUUGAAUUGGCAGUGGUACCUGAGGCUAGCCAUUCACCUAUAAAAGGUUGAGCUGACUUGUUGCCAAUUGAGCAAAGUCGAGUCUGCCAAUCCGUUCAGAAUUUUAUCACGGUUCGUCACGAUGGCUCAGAAAUCGCUGUCGCUGACAAAGGUUUUUUGUUGCGGGGUCGCGAUUGUGUUUCUGUCACAAAUUUUCGACUUCAGGCUUGUGCACUUACAGCUACUUCGGGAAAAGAAAAUGUUUGGUGCCUCGGAAAGAGUGUUGAAGAAUCACAAAAUUGAGACGAAACCCGCACUUUCCCGGGUCGUCUGCGGACGAGACUGUAUGAUGAAAAAGAACUGUAAGUCCUUUAACUUCUACGAAAAUGCGAAGAUUUGCGACCUGAACGGGGCUACGUGGGACGAUCACCCUGGAGACUUCUUGAGGGACACUGGAAGUGUGUACUUCGAUGCAAAUGAUCGCACUCCUCUCUUGGCCAGCAGGCGAGAAAGCUGCAAGGGGCCUCCGAGGGCAGGAAGCUGUAAGGAGCUGCUGAAUGCCGGCUGUAAUACAAGUGCGGUGUAUUCGAUUUGCCCAAGAGGAUCCAACGACUGUAAGGAGGUCUACUGUGACAUGGAAACUGAUGGUGGGGGAUGGAUUGUCUUUCAGAGGCGACAAGAUGGCAGCGUGAGCUUCGACCGGUAUUGGAACGAGUACCGAAAUGGCUUCGGUAAUCUCUCCGGUGAGUUCUGGCUGGGCAACGAAAUGUUAGCGAGUCUGACCAGCAACGAUUCACAAGGAGCGUGGGAGCUGCGCAUAGAUCUGUGGGACUGGGACAAUAAAACAGCCCGGUCGAUCUACAAAGAUUUCCGGAUAUCUGACGAAUUGGAGAAGUACACAAUAUACGCUGAUAGAUAUGAUCACAGAAGCACCACAAUGGAUAACUCGCUUCGGUUUCACAACAUGAGGGCAUUCACGACACGCGAUCAAGACAACGACGAAUUUGGGGCUCAGUGUGCGCAGAUAUACCAAGGCGGUUGGUGGUUCGCAGGCUGUGGGAUAUGCAAUUUAAAUGGCCCAUACAUGCAAUACCCUGAUCAGCCCAGUGAAAUUUACAAAGGCGUCCAUUGGUAUUUUUGGCCCUAUCGCAUUGCAUAUUCGCUGAAAAAAUGCACCAUGAAAAUCCGCGAAAGUUACGAGGUAGGCUCACAACGUCCGUAAACGGCACAUUCUAAUUGUAACUGAAUGUAGCACACUCUAAGAAAGUCGAGGGAAUAGGCCAGGCAAACGUUCCUCACUUCAAAAACUGUCUUUAUUUACUUGACACAAAUUGGCCAUUGGUGUUUGCAUGACUUAUCCACUCUGCCCCGUGAAUCUGGGGAAAUGCAACAACCGCUUGAUCUGAAAAACUACCACAAAGAAUUGGCAAAUUUAUUCCUCCUAGCUUAACCUAAUAGUAGUUGGUCGAUAUUUCCCUGGAAGUUGGUUAAUUUAAUUUGUUGCGUCAUCGAGAACAUCCUAGUUUAGGUCGACAUUUCCGGAGUCAAGUCCUCCAUUUUCUCUGUCAUUUACCCACCGAGGAUACAGCAGGAGACAAACAGAUACCAAAUCAUUCGAGCUUAUUUGCGUAACUGAGAUCGACUGUGAUUACGUGCACUGGCUUACCAGCGGGUUUACAAAGUACAUGCAUAGAAUUAAUAAAACGAAUGAAUUUCAGGUGCAUUCAUAUCAUCCGCACUAGGCAACCCUCAAGCCCCCCUCUCUUUCUUAAAAUAUCCCAUGAUGUUGUUACACUUCAAUACACGACGAUUUGGUUACAAAUAUUUCACUUCCUCCCUAAAAACCAAAUGGUUGAAAAACUAUUUAAGUAUUGGUAAUUUACCUUUAUUCAACUUCAGUAUAAAGCCUGAAUACCAGUCACGUUGAGUCAAUGAUACAAUGAUUUUGAAGAUGUGGUCUGAUUCUUCCUUGCGUUUCGUAGAGUGCCAAAGUGUUACAUGUACCCUUUCCUCGAUCCCAAGGUCUGAAACAAAUCAUUACAUAAAAACCGAAGUGCCCUAAACAAGAAAAAAAACCUUAAAAAUACAUUCUUACUAUUAUGUAGUACACUGUAUUAUGUUCUGCGCUGUUUUCCAUUGUUUCAUAUAACUCAUUUAUCUGAAAAAAACAUUUGAGCUUGUCAACAGAGAUUUUGUAAGUUACAGUUGUUUAAUUAAAUUCUUUAAUUUCUUUACUUAAUUCUUUUUUUUGCGAUUGUCAAAUUAUAAUGUCCAUUUUAACUUUACUCAGAAAUAUAUUGUUAACAAACAGCCAAUUUAAUCGUACAGAAAGCGAAUUUUGACUUCUUGUAGUUCAUGCCUCACAAAUUGAUGUAGGCAACAUAAAUUUUACACAUAUUCCAGAUAGCUUGAAAUUUGUUUCGUAGACCAUAGACAAAGGACUGUACAUGCUAAAAUGGGUUAUCCUGUGAGCGUAAUAUUGCGGUAGCAUUGUGGAAUGAAAUGUGAGUGUUGAAAAUUUAAGUACAUUGACAUAACCGAGUGUUAGGGUUUAAUAUACUGCCAAGUAUAUUGAAAGCGUCUUUCUCAAGAUACAUUUUUAUCAAAUGCGUCACAAUUGUAACAAAACUUUUUGUAUCCUGACUUUCAUGAAAAUCAUGUAUUCCUCUCUAUUUGUAAUCGGUUUUCACCAGGGAAUGAUGCAACACGGAUAUAUUGGAAAGGUGUUAACUAAAUGCGCCUUCGAAAUAUUGUUCAUUGAAGCUCUCUUGCAAAGCUCGUAAUAACAUAGCAUUACGGCUAAUGAGAAUAAACUGCUCACCAACAGUUCUUUGACACAAUACAUUUAUGAACUUAUAUAGUGCCUUAUUAACUUAUAUAGUGCCUUUUGAAUAUCUCUCAAUGGUAAUCUCUUUGUUAAAUUCGGAGUUAAUUACAAUUAAUUUCUCACAAGGGGCUGCUUGACACAAUAUGAUUAAGCUCGUUGUUUUUGCACUUAGAGGAAUAUUACUCUUUGCAGCUCCCUUUGUUACAAUCACAAUGAAAUACCUUUACAGGUAAUAAUAAUUAAUAUCGCAAUAUCUCACCAGGGACUGUUGGAAGUGCGUAGUGCCUUUUUGAACUUCGCCUCUCUAAAAGGUACAUUGUGCCCAUUAACUUAUUGAUUGUAUUAUUAAUUUUUUUUCUGUAUGCAGAGUGUGUUGGACGAAAUAUAUUAACCAAUUAAUUAAGUGGUAAAACAUACGCACGUGCCUUUGAGUAAAUUUUAGGGAUUGAGACACUGACGUUUAUGUAUACUUUCCACUUCUCGUAGAUUAAAUUGUUAUGCACGGUGAUUAUGCUUUGCAAAAGUUGAUGCUCUGACGUAUUUUGUGAAAUUGCACAAUUCAAAUAAAUGUUACCAGUAUUGUAAGAGUCA